AUCCUUGCACGAAUGCAUCGUCAGACAAAACAAACGGGACGAAUGCAACGCGUAGUGCAGUGUUUGUUUGCUUUGUUACUUUGGUGCUAAAACUAUUUUUUCUAAAAAUUAUGAAGAAAAGAGUCUUAGUUUUAGUAUCAUUAAGUUAUAUUCAAGUAAUUUAGUGACUAUAAAGGUGCUUAACUUUAGUCAUAUGAUUUCAACAUCAGUCUCGGGCAUAAAGGAAUGAAUAGAAUAAUACAAUGGACAUUAAGAACCAGAAGUUGUUGCAGCAUCACCAGCAUGCUAUCGUUAAGGAUUUAGAUGUUAUGUUCAUCCUAGAUGAGCUGUUUACCAAGAAUGCGAUAUCGAACGAAGACUACGAUCACAUCUCUAACUUGAGAGACCGUGAGGAGCGGACAAAAUAUCUUCUCAAACUUCUUAAAAAUGGAAAUAACAACGCCUUCGAAGUGUUCGUAGAUAGCUUAGCGAAGGAUUACAAUUGGUUGUGGAAAAAACUGGCGACUGGGAACAGUAAAGAGAUGAUCGAAGACAGUUUUGAGGAUAGUCUCAGUAGAGGAGACGUACCUCGGCUGCCAGAUCACUUCGUUAGAAGACUUGCUCUGGAAAACGACGUAUAUGUGAAAUUAAAGACGCUAACCCGCCACAAAAUCCUCAGUCUCCACGGCAUGUCCGGCUGCGGUAAAACCGCUUUAAUAAUCAGCGUGUUACGCAACAAUUCGCAACUGAUCACGUCUGAUUUCAAUGGUGUCGUGUACUGGCUUAAUUUCAGCAAUUGUAAAACGGAAGACGACAUAAUUGCUCAGCAGAACAAACUAUAUCGGAAAGCGCUAUCGAUAACCUCCCACAAUUCGUACAUGAAUUCGUCCAUAUCGAUGUCCAGCAUUGGUUCAAACUCAGAUUCCCUGUCCAGCUACGAUUGGACGUGGCAGGAAUUGAAAGACAAACUCAAGUCAGUAUUCUCUGAACUGUCACUGAAGGAUGCCUUGCUCGUCCUUGAUGAAGUUAACGAGAAGAAAUGUCUAGACGCAUUCGACAUUGGCUGCAAAAUUGUUGUCACGACGAGAGAUACAGGGGUCGUCACAAAUUUUCAUCCACAGAUUAUUAACGUAGAGAACUACUUUUCCGAAGAGGAAUCGCUUGCAUUGUUCGCCUCGUGUUUGGAAGUGGAAGUAUCAAAUUUGCCGAGACAAGCGAAGAAAUUACAUGAAAUAUGUAAAGGUAGUCCAUUCCACAUCGCCUUACUGGGAGCAGAGUUAGCGGAAAAUAAAGAGAGACUAGUACAUGAUACCAGGCACUGGAACUACUAUUUGAACAAGUUGGAGAAAAAAGAAUUUAUCUUCCAUUUAAGACCAAAUGUUAACCCAAUGAAAACAAUCGAAAUUUGCAUUAAUUCACUCAAACCAAACAUUCUACCUUUAUUCAAGAUGCUCACAAUAUUACCUGACAAUGUUAAAUUGUCAGCAAAAGUGUUCAGCAAACUGUGGAACAAGCCAGUCCUUGAAGUUAAUAGUAUUAUAAAGCAACUUCGAAGUAAGUCACUAAUAAUAGAAUUCUAUGAUAAGGAUCAAGUGGAUUAUUCAUAUGAAAUACACGAUUUAAUUAUGGGUUAUUUACGGAGCAGUUCAAAUGACGACGAUGUCAAGAAACUACACGAGGAUUUUUUAAAAAGCUAUAGUUAUGACAGUAUCAAUAAUGCUCCGGUGGAAAUAGAAGAUGACGGGUACAUAGCCUUCUAUAUUGGUUAUCAUUUGGCCAACACGAAGAACUUGAACAAUAAGUGGACUCUUUUUAACAGAUUAUAUUUGGAUUUAAAGUUUUUGGGCAAUAAAGCGAGACUUACUGGGCCGGCCGAUGUUAUACUGGAUCUUCAGAAAUAUGAAAGUCAUAUCGCUCAUGAUGAACUCGACAAAUCAUUACUAUUCAGUAUUAAAGAAUAUCUAAGUACAUAUGGAAUAGAUCUAUACAGAUAUCCCUGUACGGACAUCAUACAAAAUAUCUUACAAAACGAAUCCAAGGGAAUUCUUUACACCAAAGCUUGGCAGAUAGCUCAAGAGAGAUGUACUAAUAACGAGUUAUAUUUUGAAUUUAUGCACGAACAAAAUGUAGAAGAAAUAAAACAUUCCACGAUCGAUGUCAAGGAAACAAUCACUGCCGUAUGUUUUCUGGGUGAUUAUGUGCUCGUUGGUACAGUCAUGGGUGCUAUCAAGUUCUUUCACAUAGGAACAAAUAAAUUGAAAAAGGAAUUACAAAGUUCAGGUUCUCCUGUCAAGUGGGUUGGAGUAUGUCCUAUAAAUCCUCUAUUUAUAGCAUCAUUGGCUUAUGACGGGGUUAUUAAGUUGUGGUACAUCGAUGAUGUAGAACGUGAUGGGGCAGGAGGUGUUAUUGAAGAAGAAUCUGAAGAAUCACUGAACAAUAAUUACCCAAGCAAUGAAACUAUAGCACCAAAACUUGGACCAUUUAUAAACUGUCGCUGGGCAAAUAACGAAGAAACUUUGAUCACACAUACAUCUAAAAUGAUUGUAUUAUUCAACACGAGUGGCAAAGUACUGUACCUCCUAGACAAUCUGUAUAGGGAUAGGGACAUACUGUGCUGUGUUCCCUGCAAUUGUGAUAAAUAUGUGAUAGUUGCCACAAGCAACAGUACUCAUAUGCUGGAAAUUAUCGAUGUGAAGACCAAAGAAAAGCAGAUCUAUGAAGAAACCGAUACAGUAUUGGAUAUCAUAACUGUACCGGGUACCAAGAGAAUCUUAACUUUAAAAAAGAAAGAAGUAACAGAAUAUGAAUUCAAAGUGUUCCGAAGAUUCAAUCAAAACUGUAAUAACUGUGUCUGCAAGACCGUCGUAACCAGCGACAUCGUGAAGGACGGCAUUACAUUUAUAUCGAUGGCCGUGAACAAGACCGGAACGCUCCUAUUCGUGUCGACGGACGACAGUCGGGUCAUCUGUGUCAACUUGAAGACGAAUACGUAUCUCUUCGAUUUGGAAAACAGAAGAGGGAACGUGGCGUCGAUGUCGACGAGCGAGGUGGCGUGGGACGAGCUGGAGCCCGGCACCGACGUGCUGCUGACCGGCACGGCCGACCACGAGAACUGCGCCAAGGUGUGGUACCUCGACGCCGCCUACGUCGCGCACUACUCCCGGGACGGCGCCGGUAAAGUACGCCUGACGACUAAAUUCGACGCGAGUUUUAUUAACACUCUUUCUCCUAACACUCCUAACACUUCGACGUCGAGCAGUGCACCGCAAAGCAGCAAUAACACCCCGAAACGACACCAAUCUUUUGUCAGUCAUAAGGAAGCCAAGCGGGUGGUGAAAUCCACGAUGAGUUUAGAUCGGCAUUCGCUUAAACCUCUGAACUUAAAAGGCUUAUGUAACGGAAACAGCGAUGGAGCGUUUCAGCCUUUGUUGGCUGUUGUCGAUGAUAAAAACAAUAUACAGAUAAUGCGCGGUAGAAAACUCAUAACAGAGAUACCGUCAAAUUCAGACGACCAUAUUACGAAAAUAAAAAUAUCUCCCUGUAACCAAUACAUCAUAUACGGUUUUAAUUCCGGUAUCGUCAGAAAGUUCACUUUACGGUCCAAAGAGAAUAAAGACAUAAUGGACGUGAACAGUGCAGUUCAAUACAUGAAUUUUGUAAGUCACAAUCUAAUGAUGGUCGCGGGAAAGAACCGUUGUCUCAUGGCCUAUCGGUUGACUGAAGAUGGUGACUGGAAACCUAAGAUGUUACAACGGGGAAACACUAACCUCGGAUCUCAAGAAAUCUUAAACGAUAUAAAUGGUUUUAAGAAGAAAUCAAAUCCAUCUGACAAGAUAUCAAGCUCAGAAAGCGACACAAGCAUUAGCUCCAGAGACCGUCUCUUCCGAAACUGUGAUCUCAAAGGACGACUUUGUAAAGGAAGCAGUUUAGUCGACUGUUACUGGGUACAGGACGUUGGACUAAUCACGAUAGAAUCUAAUGCCACUAUUAAGCUCUGGGACAAAGAUUUAAAUUUGGCGAGCGUUCUGAACGGACGACAGAGCGAUGUCUGCGUCUAUUGUUCUGCAUUUCAGAAGAAUGUCCUAGUUUUAUGUGAUGACUAUAAUCUAUCUUUUCAGAUAUUUGAAUUAAGAAGGGGAGAACAGAUUCAGCUGGAGACAGUUCAAGAAUAUAAACUUAAUAACAGAAUAUACUCCUGCACUCUUACAGAGGACGGUAAUAUGCUGGCGAUGGGACUCGAUUCCGGUGAUGUUGUGAUCUGGAGCGUGCAGAACAAGCGGCAAGUGAAGCUGCUGAAGCAGCACAAGAGCAGGGUGCAGUGGUGCGGCUUCUCGCCCGUGCCCGAGCGCGGCCCGCGCGCGCCGCUCGACGACGAGCCGCCGCUCGUGCUCGUGUCGCUCGCCGCCGAGAUCGUGUGGUGGAACGUCACGCACGUCAUCCGCAUGCGCAGCAAGGGCUUCUUGAGGACUGGUCUAAAUGUAAUCACACCACUAGCGAGUCCACUAGAUGUCAGGAACGAAAUCCAAACAGUCGACAAUUCUAGCACAAGCACAAGUAACAAUUUCUUCUUCGGAGGUAAUCUGUUAAACCCACAGCAUUGUUGGAAAGUUAACUGGAAAAAGAAAACGUGUAAAGAAAAUUCAAAAAGAAAAGAAAUACUGGCAUGUAUAAAGCUAUCUGGAAUGAACGCGAAACAAAUUUGCCUCGACGAGAAAUUCUCCUGUUUCGUGACCGUCGACAACCCCGGACAUAUACAUAUAAUGAAAAUGAUGAGUACAUGCUCAACGUAGCACAGAAACAUUAUUUGUUUCGGUUCAAAUUAUACGUAAUGUUGUUAUUAUUGAUUAAACAAUACAGUUAAAGGUUCUUGAAUUCUGUGCGACGACAAGUACAUAAAAUUAAUUUAAUUUGUUAUUUAUUAUGGAAUUUGUGUGAAUUUAAACGACUUUUAAAAGCCGGGAAAGUCGGUUGUUGUACUUUGCAUUUAAAAAAAAUAUCAAGUAUACAUAGUUUAAAUGAACAAACAUACAUUUUAAUAAUAUUAGUUUAAUUUUUUAUAUAAUAUUUUACAAAACCGAGAUUAUGAAUGAUAAAAAUGUUAAAUGCUCUCUGCCUUGGUGAUAAAUGGUUGACUAGUGACCCCAACCAGUAUAGAACAAUUAUUGUCUAAUAUAAACUGCCAUUUUACAAAUAAACUAAGAUCUUAUGUAUCUCUUUUUAAGUCAAUUUUAACAACGAAAUAUCAAUUCAUAAGUUAUAACAUUUAUAUUUUUAAUUAUACGUUUUAAUUGGUGAAAUAGUAUUAAAAUGUUUUAAACAAAUUUAUGCAAAUAAUUUUGUACUAUAAUUGCAAUUCCCACCAGUCUGCUUUUAUAAAAUAAGUUUAUAAUGUUGUUAAGGUUAUACUAAGGAACUAUUUGAUCUUCAGUGGCAAUAGAUAUAAAUAAAAUCCUAUUUUUAUAAGAAAGUAUCAUAAUAUAAGAGAAGACAUAGCCAGUUCAAUAAAAUAAUAGGCAAUUUAUUCAAAAUUUUGUAUGUGGUAAGGUAUAAUAACAAAGUUUAUUUGAAACCUUUUUGAAUGAAAAAUGUACGCAUACUGUUUAUCUGUGCCAUUUUGGUAAAUGAUUGUAAAUAGUAAAUGAUUAAAGAUAUGAAAACUGUUUAUGUAUCUUAUAAAUAUAAUGUAAUUAUAAAUGGUGCUAUAAAUGUCGUAUAUCAAGUGAGUUUGAAGUUUCGAAUAAUAUUGGUAAUGUUUUGUUAAAAAAUGAUUAUUAAUUUUAGGAAAUAUCAGUGCUCAAAUGUUGCAUUUGCUAAAUGUUCCUAGCUUACUUACCAUCAGUUUUUUAUUUUUUAUUUUGAUUACGACAAGCAAGAAAUCCGUAUUAAGCUCAUAAUUGAAUUUUUAUCUUAAUGUAAUGUGACAAAUUAUCUUAAUGUGAUCUUAAUUAAACAUUUAUAAUAUCUUCAAACAAAUAAUUAAGAGCAAUAUAAUAAAAACUUAAUUAUAAGAAAUAACAAUAUGUAUGGUGUAUCAUUAUUUAAAAUGCAAAAAUAAUAGUUAUAUUUUUUGAUGUUUUAGACAUUACAUAUUUUGUGAACAAUUCUUUACAUUCUUAAAUAAAUGCAUUUUUCUUAAAA